AUGGAUGGGAAGUGUGUCUUUCCAUUCAAGCAUAAAAACCUAAUAAUUCAUGACUGCGUCAAGCUCAAGGCAAAACACAGUUGGUGCUCAUUAAACAAGACUUACGAAGGAUAUUGGAAGUAUUGCAACAAAGAGGACUUUGCAAAAUGUGUGUUUCCCUUUUGGUUCAGACGCCUGAUCUACUGGGAGUGUACAGAUGAUGGGGACGUAUUUGGAAGAAAAUGGUGUUCACUGACCAGGAAUUAUAACAAGGACAGAAUUUGGAAAUUUUGUGACUGA